AUGUUCCGGCAGGCUGGCUUCUUCUACAAGUUGUUCCGAUCCUAUCCGAUCCGAUCCGAUCCGAAUCUCCCUCCUUCCCCGAUUUUUUUUCGAGCGGGUCUCCCGACGACCAAACGAUAUAUGGACUGGAUCUACUCAUGGAAGGACUCGAUAUUCUACGGAAUGUGCAGCUGCAGUGGCCCGCAGCACGAUGCGACGAACCAUUUCGACAAACUCGACAUGCCGUUGCAAUUGAAGGCCUACAGGUCGGUCGACUAA